AUGUCUAUCGGAAAACGUUCUCAAGCAGACCUUGCAGAGGAGUUGGUGGAGCUGGAAAAUCACUUCAUCCUUCGUCUUCCGUUGGAACAUGCUACAAGACUCUGCAGCUAUGUACGGCAAGGUAUCGGUGCCUUACGCGAUAAGUUGCAAAUCAGCUUUCAACCAGACAUAAGAAACGCGGCGGUGAAGGUUGAUCAUUACUUGUUUAAGGCGAAGUUAAUGGACCUUCCAAAUAUUAUUGAAACACUAAAAACGGUCGACAAGAAGAACUGCUACAAGGUCGUGGACAUUUCACAGAUUCUCGUCUGCGACGAAGAAAAGGAAAACGAACCUCCUGCCGUGGAUUCGAAGAAAGACGAAGAGAAUGACAAAGCGGAGAAAAAGAAGGAGAAGCAGUACCAAUGGCCUCACGGA